AGAUACAAAUCCAAAGCUCACAAUUCUCAUAAUUGAUCUGAAAAAAAGCAAGCUACUACUCAACACUUAUUAAAAUCCCAUCUCAUAUUUCCAAAUCCAAACCCAAAAUUUCCAAAUCCGAAAACACUUUCCAAAAACAAAUCUCCCAAAAAUGAAUGACUUGAUGACCAAAUCCUUCACCAGCUACGUCGAUCUCAAAAAAGCCGCCAUGAAAGACAUCGACCUCGAGGCCGGCAACGUCGAGAUGUCGUCCUCCUCCGCCUCCGCCAUGGACACCGAUCUCGGUCUCUUCCUCCAAGAGGCGGAGAAAGUCAAGCAAGAGAUGACCGCACUCCGAGAAAUUCUCGAACAACUCCACCAAGCCAACGAAGAGAGCAAAUCCCUUCACAAGUCCGAAGCCCUAAAAACUCUCCGGGAGCGAAUCAACUCCGACAUCGUGGCCGUCCUCAAGAAGGCUAGAGCGAUCCGAUCCAAGCUCGAGGACAUGGACAGAGCCAACGCCGCCAACAAAAGACUCUCCGGCCAGAGAGAAGGAACUCCGAUUUACCGGACCAGAAUCGCCGUCACGAGCGGUCUGAGAAAAAAGCUCAAGGAACUCAUGAUGGACUUCCAAGGACUCCGCCAGAGAAUGAUGUCGGAGUACAAGGAAACCGUCGGGAGAAGAUACUUCACCGUGACCGGAGAAACCCCCGGGGACGACGUGAUCGAGAAGAUCAUAUCGGACGGUGGAGACCAGCAGUUUCUGGAGAGGGCGAUUCAGGAGCACGGAAGAGGAAAGGUUCUGGAAACGGUGGUUGAGAUUCAGGACCGGCACGAGUCGGCGAAGGAGAUCGAGAAGAGUCUCUUGGAGCUUCAUCAGGUGUUUCUGGAUAUGGCGGUUAUGGUGGAAGCUCAGGGAGAUCAGAUGGAUGAUAUCGAGCACCAUGUGAUGAACGCUGCUCAUUACGUCAAGGAUGGGAGUAAGCAGUUGCAGAGUGCGAAGGAGUACCAGAAAGGGAGCAGGAAGUGGAUGUGUAUUGGGAUCAUUCUUCUCUUGCUCAUCGUUCUCAUCAUUGUUGUUCCCAUUGCUACCAGCUUUAGUUCUUCUUAGGGUUUUGGAUUGGAUUGGACUGUGUUUUUAGGGUUUUGAGUCUGAAGAAGUUCUCAACUGGUUUGGUUGAGUGAGAGUGGAGAAGAUGAAGUUGGUGAUUCUUAGGGUUUGGAAUUCUUUUUAAGUGUUACUGUUCAUUUUAUUCAGUUUAAGUUUCUUACUUAAUACCAAUUUGUUGAGAUUCAUUUUGUGAAGUACUGUAGAUUCAUUCCUGUUAUGAAAUGAUUCAAUUGUUUAUCUAUUUCA